AUGUUGCAUAGAGAAAUAAAUAACUCUAGUAGCAGCUUUGGGGCAGAAAGUGAAGCAUUCCCACUUGAGGUGCCGAACGUAAGCUAUAUAAUAUCCGCAGAAUUUCAUAAUAAGCUGGGCCCUAUAGUGAAAUAUCAGUAUCCAAAAAGUAUUCCAGGAUUUAGGCAGUCAUUGUAUAGAGAAUCUAAUGGCUAUACGUCGGUGUCUACAAACUUGGCAAGUCUUAUGAUCCCGAGCAGUAUAGAACAAAACCCUGGUAAGCCAGACCUUACAACAUUUACUCUUUACUAUAACAGGUCUACUCAAUGUUACCAACUUUUUCCGGUACCGAAAGACACCCGUUUGAACCCACAUCAACGUGACCAGUCACAUAGUAGAAGUUAUUACGAUGUUGAAAAUAAUUAUGAUGAGAAGAACAAAAGACACACCAUUGUUAUAGAAGACGAUACAUUAGAAUCCCAAAAGUCCUAUAACAACCAGGAAAUGAUAAACAACGACACUUUGUUCUUCAUUAAUGUGGCCAACGCUGUUCUGGAUACCUCAAACGAUCGAGGAGCUGUCAUUAAAUCGAUUGCCAUCGGCACACCACUGAAAACCUUCUUCGCAUUUAAAAGCAUUCUGGUAUCUAUACUAGAUCUGUACAUGACAGCAUCGUCCCAAGCUGUUUCUUUAGGCUUACUCAUCGAUUGUUUCGAAAUGCUGAACAGUAUCGAUCUCUCUUUAAUUAAUAAGAUACACUCCAAAGCAAGUACGCAAGAUGUGUUACAUUCCGUUUGUGACGAAUCUGUCAUAGCUAGAAUAUUCAUGGAUCUUGACUCCACCCUAAAGAGACUGUUUCACAUAGGUGGAUCCAACACCAACGACAGAUACGGUAACAUCAUAACAUUUGAUGACCAGUUCGUUCAAUAUCAUUUUACGAAGUUUAAGCCCACGACACUCCCGUUAUAUGUGUUAAAAAUUCCGUUACAGUUCAACAUGGUGAAGAGCAAUCCUAUCUAUAUUGAGAAUGAUUACCAUGCAGUAGUUUUAAGAUUUCUGAACAAAUUCAUCCCCUAUCUUCUUAAAGCCGGCUCAAAAUCUAACAAGUGGAAGUUAGUUAUCAACUCAACUAAACUGAAUAAAGAAGAUCUUUGUGCUUUCAUUCUAUCAUUGGCUAAUAUAACCGCUACUUAUGCUGGUGACUCGCAGCCAUAUUUCAAAGGAAGCGCAAUGUUGGUAUUUCCUUUCAUGGAUAUAUCGCUUGUUGAUGGCUUACGAGCGUAUUUAACGUCAAAUAUCGAUUUUCUUGGAUCUUUUGCAAUAAUUGGGACCGCGAAUCCGAUUUUCCGGUACCAAAUAGAUAUUUGGGACUAUUACUACGAUAUGGAUGCAGACAUAUUUUAUGAAAGUGGUAGAACUGGAAACUACAAACCAACUCCGAGGGUAGAACAGAAGAAUGGAUCCAAAGGUUUAAAAAAAAUGUUUAACAAGCCUCCUCAUUCUUCACCUCACUCUUUACCUCAUUCUUCACCUCAUUCUUCACCUCAUGCAGUUGCUCAAAAUCAAGCGAACUUGGGCCAAAAGUUUAUUUCUCUUCUCAUCGGUGAAUAUCAUGAUAGUGAUACUAUGAUGAGUGUAUUGAGAAGGCUGAAUGUUCUUCAACUAGAAAGUCUUCUUAAUGCUACCAAAAAGCGAGAAUCAUCGUUUGAUAUAGCACUGAAAGAUGAAUAUAUCGUGACCUAUAAAGACUUUUUCCUUUUUCCGGAGUUUUUCGACUAUUUUACAUUGCAUUGUAUUGAAUUAUUAUCUACCUUGGAUAGCUGUCUCCUCAACUUGGGAAGCACACGCCAAUUAUUUACAAUAGAGCAAACUUACUCGCAAUUUAGUCAAAUAUUUUCUAUUGUUAAAGAAUUGUUUCGUAUGGUGUCCAUAAACAAAACAAAUGUUGAGAAGUUUUUGAAUGCUUGUUUAAACUAUUCUCCAUCUAGAAUAUUACCACUAGCUGAACUACAGACAGAUACUUUUUCCAAAUGGAGCUUCGAAAAAGAAGUAAAUCGAAGAUUUAAUAAUUUCGGUAGCCACAUGGGUACCGAAAAUGACACGCAUGGCGUUUUGUUUUCUUCGAUAGAUCUCUUCACACAUAUUUACAGUUUUGAUAUUUUGGCAGUUUUCUUAACAUUUACUGGCAAGGAUGAUGAGCGGGAACUGCUAAAUACGAAAUCCAUGGCCAAAAAGAGGACAUCUUUUUCUCUGAUAGCUCAAUCAUCUUCGUUAAAACAGCUUUUACAAAUGACUACAAGAUCCAACGCAAAAAAUUCGAGGACUAAUGGGCAGGAAUUCGGAAAUCUAAAGGAGUCUUGUUAUACAAAUGCAUCGUCAAUUGUUUCCCCUAAACUGAAGGCUUCCCCUCUACUAGAACGAACAGCAACAAAAAUCAGUUAUAACAUUACGCUUUUACUUUUUAAACUAGAAUGUCAUCCUGUAGGUAAAGUUCUAUUAAAGAAAUAUCUUCACAAACAAUUCCGUGAAGCUUAUGAAGAAUUGAAAACACGGUAUGUUGGUGCAAAUAAGGAUUCUGGCAGUGGUGACCGAAGGAAUGCUUCUUCUGUUUUGUUAUCAUCACCAUCCACCAGGGAUUUAAUUUCGUUAUCUUCUAAUAGAACUGGAAUGCUGAAUAAUUUGAAGGAAAUGAGUGACCAGAGAGAAUCUAUGGAUAUUGAAACAGGAUCUUUUCGGAACAAUUAUUGA